AUGAAUGAAAACGACUCUCUUUCCAAGUCCAUCCGGAGAAGCAGAGAUGCCUACAGCAGAAUAAAAAUGAACAUGACAGUGGAGGGAUCAGAAGUGUCCAUUACCUCAAAGUACAGACAGCCUGUGGAAAGGAUAAGAGAAGUAAUAAGAGUUCUUGACGGCAUAGAAAAGGCCAAAAUAGGGCUGAGCACGAAAGUGUCCAACGACUCGGUUGAAGAAAGGUACAAAGAAUACAACAAUUUUAAGUUCAUAAAAGAAGAGCUAAAAGAGUACAGAAAAACAGACAUCAUCUCAGAGCUCUUCCGGAAGAUAAAAGAGAACAUGAAAGAAACAGAAGAGUUUCUCGAUGACAUCGCAAAGAAAAGGCUUAUUCUGAUGCUCCAAGGGAAGAGCCACAAGAACUGGGCAGAGUAUCUUGUGAACAAAGAGGAAAAAAAAGAAGUGUUCGUGGGAAUAGUCAGAGAGUACAUUGAAGCAACGCUGAAAAGCCACUUGGACGACAACUCAGAGACAAUAGCCGACCUAUUCCUUGAUAUAGAAGUGUUUGCAAAGCACGGAUUUUCAGAGAGAAAAGCACAGGAGGUAACCAAGGAGCUGAAGGCCUUUGCCAAUAAUAAAAUAAUUAAUGAGGUUGGGAAAAGAUGCUACAUUUUCAUAAAAAACGUAAACUCUCCGAUAAGGAAGCUAAAAGACUAUCUAGCGUUUGUGGAAGUAAUGAGCAGCAAUAGCAUUAGAACCGUCAUUAAAAAACAGAAGAUCGAAGAGAAAGUAAGGAAAGUGCUGGUGGCUACGUACAGAACUCUGCACACAGAGGCAGAGGACCAGUUUACAACAGGAAAAGUAAACGAGAAAAAACUGUUCGACAAAGACCUGUUCCAUCUUUUGGAGAUAGUCCACAAAAUAGAAGAGGUAAAAGCAUUCCUGGAGAUAAGACAGGAGAAGCAGAAGAAGCUAAGCGAGUUCUACGAAGUGUCAAAGGAAAAGUCAAAGCAGGCAUCAAAAAUGGAGGGGAUGAUAUUUCUACUAAACUCAGUCCAUUUGAUAAACUCAAUGAGGGCAAAGAAGUAUCCAGAAGAUGAAAUAGUGCAGGAAAUAGCACAGGAGAUGAAGAGAAAAAUAAAUAAAGCAGUGGAAAAUCCGAGCAAACAGAACAAAAUAGGAGAGCUAUUGAGAUACAUAGAAAAAACAUCCGCAAAAACAAAACACUACACAGUGCCGCAGGAGGUAAGAGAGACUUUGAUAAGAGAAUACAAGAUAGCAGUUAGAGAAAUAGGAAGCAAGUACGGGGGAUUGGACGACGUAAGUGACUCCCAUCUUUCUUCAACAAUUGAAGGGUUCUUUAACGGCCCUGCAAGAAAACUAGAAUUCAUACAAAGCGAAAGAGAAGAAGGACAGCCAGGGGAAGAUGAAAGAAUGCAAGCGAACAGCCAAAAGAAAAAUAAAAGAAAAGAAAGAAAGUGA